UAGCAGAAAUUGCUGAGCUUGAACCCAACCACAUCAUGGACGAACGCUACAGAUUUUCAAUUCUUGUCACUGAAGUUAUCCUAUCAAGUGACUGGUGGUACAAAAGUUGCAAAGACUGUCGAAAGAAAGUUCAAAUGGAAGGCGACACGUAUAAAUGCUCACGUUGCAUCACCACUGUUCCUAUGCCGAGAUACAAAAUAUCACUGAAUGCCAUCGAUGCGGACGCAAAAAGGCACGAAGACUCGCCAUUUGCUCGGUUCAUAUUUUGGGGCCAGCAGGGAGAAAUCCUCACAGGAAAGCAAGUACUGAUUUUAGUAGCAGAAGCCAACAGCAGGGCGGAGUAUACGCCACCCGAACUGACCGGUUUGGUUGGCAAAAAAUUUACUGUCAUUGCAACACCUACUAGAGACUCCCUCGACGGAGAGCAUAUGUUCUACCAGGUAGAAAGUACCGAACCAUUGUUCGAGCCAGCAAACCCAGAGAACGCUCAACCACCGACCGAAGAAACACAGGGUGAAAAUGAAUCACAAGACAACACGCUUGAGGCCACACCCCCGCCUUCUCCUUCUGCUGCAAAGGAAGAAGAAAACGACUCAACAGGCAAGAGAAGGAAACGCAACGACCACCUUUCCAAUAAAAACAAAAGAGGAACAAAGAAAGACCUAUUCGGUCAGCAGCCAGCCCACGCUGGCACCGAGUACACCGACCAGAACUAG